GGGAUUAAUAUGUGAAUAAUCGUUGUCUUGAAUGAGUUAAAAUGUUUCUCAAUGGUGUGGGACUUGGGAGCUUCAUCAUAAUAAGAUCAUUCCCAACCCACGUACGAAAAACAAAAGGGAGAAAAACCACUAAUAAUUUUCCACAAAUAGUAGUACCUUAAAUCUCUACUUCAGCGAGUGCGGAAAUGGUUCAGUUUCUCUUGUUGCUUUUGGGAAUGAUAAGCCCGUUGUAUGCUACCGCGGCCAAUCGGCCAACAAACAUAUUCAUCUUAGCCGGACAAAGCAACAUGGCUGGCCGAGGAGGCGUCCGACACCAUGUUUGGGAUGGGAUUAUUCCGCCGGAGUGCAAGCAAGACCCGUUCAUUUUCCGGUUAAACGCCAAACUCACAUGGGAACCAGCAAAAGAGCCAUUGCACAAAGACAUUGACUUGAAUGAAACAACCGGGAUUGGACCGGGCAUGGCAUUUGCUAAUACAGUGCUAAACAACGACUCCGGCUUCGGGACCAUCGGUUUGGUACCUUGCGCCGUUGGAGGUACAAGCAUAAGAGAAUGGGAGCACGGCACAUUGCUAUACAACCAGCUAGUCAAUCGAACCAACGUAGCCAGAAAAGGGGGUGGACGGAUUAGGGCCAUUUUGUGGUAUCAAGGUGAGAGUGAUUCUAUCACUCGCCAGGAUGCCACAUCUUACGAGAAAAAUUUAAAGAGAUUUUUCACCAAUUUGCGUGUUGAUUUACGGUUACCAGUUGUGCCCAUCAUUCAGGUUGCGUUACCAUCGAUAUCAUAUCGAUACGACGACAUUGUGAGGCAAACUCAGGGGGGAAUGAAGCUUCAAAACCUGCUAUAUGUGGAUGCCAAUGGCUUGGAAUUGCAAGACGAUCAGAUGCACCUCACCACUCAGUCCCAAGUCCGGUUAGGGAAGAGGCUGGCCGAUGCAUUUUUACAAUUUCAAUCUUCAUAAUAUUUUUUUUUAUGUAAUCAUCUGCGUAAUUCUCAUGAAAGAUUUCAUUGUAAUAUUUUUACAUGAUGUUAGGCAUGUGUAUGGACCAAUAUAGUUUAUUGUUCUUGCAAGCUCUAACUUCUACUUAAUUAACCUUAAACUCAAUGUAACAAUAGAUACAAAUUGAGGAUCCCCGCGGGUAUUUACGUAAUAUUUACUGUGUUUAAUAGAAUGGUGAA